AUGCCAUCGGUGUGCUGCGGCUGUUUCCUGGGUGUCUCGGAGGUUCACUUGGUCUUCGGAAAGCGAUGGAUGGUCAUCAAGCGACCGCAGCGAUCGCCGAAACCGAAGAGCUGCCCUGAAGAGUUGAAGCUGCCAGGGGUCGUCCCAGUGGGGUCCAACUCCACAGACCUCCAACUGCUCGAUGAGAAGAACAAGCCCGAGGAGACGUCCAACGUAGAGGGGCCCAGCAGCUGGUCCAUGCUGCAGAAGUCCUUCCCCGACUCUCCGAAGUCAGAGCUUCGACGCUUCGCCGACGGCUGGCCGAAGCCCAACGCAGCCAUUAAAGCCUACGAGAACCACCUGGCCUGGCGAAACCUAAGCAAAGCCGAGGAGCUGGAAGAGGCGCGGGAUGAACUUCCGGAGUGGAUCAGUCGCGGCCACUUUGUGGCCAAGGAUGGUUCGGCAGCCAUUUUUCUGCAGAUGGCGCGCACAGACUGCCAAAAGCCUACCGAGCUAUACUUUAAGGCACUGUGCUGCGCCAUAGAAGAGGUGGUGCCACGUCACGAUUAUGUUGAACAGUUCGAGAAAAUAACCAUUCUGAUCGACACUCGAGGUCACCCGGGCUGGCCCAAUCCAAAGCCUCAUGAGCUCUUGCCCCUGCUGCGGAUGUGUUCCCGGCAGUUGCCCUUGCAUUACCCGGGCGUCAUGAAGCGGAUUGUGGUCUAUCCCGUGCCACUGGCGGCAGUGCUAUUUGCACGUAUGGCGCUGACCUUCGUCGACUCUUUGACGCGCAACCGAAUUUGCUUAAUCAGUGAACGAACCAAAGGAGGCUUCGAGAAGUCGCUGGAAGAGUAUGUCAGUAAAGACAGUUUGCCUCCCUACGCUCGGGCACGGCAUCCCAACCUGUGA